AUGUCUCCGCCUCAUCCGAAUCCGAAUCCUCGAAAACGACCUGCACCGGGCACUAUUCCAAUAUCUAUACAACAGCCGUACCUUCCGCCAAAUCCGACUCCAGAUCAGGUGCGGUGGAAUGGGAACAACGCAAACUACGCCAUGAUGUCGCCAACAACGCCUGGCGCCGCGAGCGGAUACCCCAGCCAACCCACCCCGGUUCAUCCGGCCCCUUCCACUGCCCUCGCAAGACGGGGAAUGAACAAUCAACUGGUGGCUGCAAAUAGGGCCUAUUCACAACCACCCAGCGACCCUUGGUCAAGUUUCGUCGAAAAUAACCAGUUGGUUCAACCAAAUGGUACCACGGACGAGCACGAUAACAUUGAGGUGCUGGAAGAGAGAGCUCAACGGGCUAAGAGAGAAGCCCAAGCCAAGCGAAAGCAGAUUCCACCUUUUGUGCAGAAGCUGAACAGGCAAGAAUCCAAGAACACUGAACUCAUCCGCUGGUCUGACAAAGGCGACUCUUUCAUUGUGCUUGACGAAGAUGAGUUUGCCAAGACCCUCAUCCCGGAGCUCUUCAAGCACAACAACUAUGCUUCUUUUGUGCGGCAGCUCAAUAUGUAUGGCUUCCACAAGAAAGUUGGAUUGUCGGACAACUCAAUGAAGGCGAGCGAGCGCAAGAACAAGAGUCCUAGCGAAUACUACAAUCCUUACUUCAAACGCGGUCAUCCAAAUUUGCUGUGGUUGAUCAACAAACCCAAGAGCGGAAACGCCAAAAAGAAGGGUAAGCGAGCUGAAGAUGGAGACGCAGACAGUGACGAGGAGGUUGUUGCUGGAGACGAACCGCUGGGCCAAAGUUACGUCCAGCAUCCUGCUGUCACUGCGAGCCGUGCCCUGCCCGCUCCCGAUAACUCCGGCCCGCCUCUGCAAAAAAAGGAGUUGGCCGUGGUCCGUGACCAGAUGCAUGCUUUACGGGAACAGCAGAAGCAAAUCAGUGAAGCGAUCGCUCGUUUGCACCGCGAACACCAUCAACUCCAAAAUCAAGCUAUUGCAUUUCAAGAGAUGCACAGUCGCCACGAGAACUCCAUCAACGCCAUCUUGAACUUCCUGGCCAAUGUGUUCAGGAAAUCGUUGGAGGAGCAGGGCGGAACUCAGAAUGUCAGUGACAUUUUGGCAAGUAUCAUGAAUCCCAACGGAAUGCAGAUGCCUCAAGGCCAACAUCAGGGCAGCGUUGGAAACGUCGUGGAUCUUGGGGAGUAUGUUCAGCAGCAGCCGGGUUCGGCGCCAGCAACGAGUACGCCUAAGAGGACACAACGCUUGCUGCCGCCCAUCCCUCAACAAGCCCACGGACAAGACCAGGAAGCCGUGAGACCGACUUUGGCAGGUGCUACUCCGGCUUCGUACAAUAACCACCAGAUUACCGAAUUGUUUGACAUGCCCCUUGAGCCGGGCACUAGUCCUUCGUAUCUAAAGCAUGAACUCGAGUCAAAUCCUCAAGAGGGAAUGAUGAAGAUCAUCCACGAUGCGAAUAUCAAUACGGGUAGGGGCGACAGUCCUAUAAAUCUUCAGAAUGUCGCCGCAGCAACACCGUCAACCAUGCCGGAAGACCAGAGGAGUCGCAUGCUGAGCAUCAUGUCAGGCGGCCAAGGUAGCAGUACGUCACCCCCUGCACCUCCUGUGUCGUCCGCCCCUCCCAUGCCUGCUUCGAGCCCGACGUCUCUGUCACCCCUAAUGGGCUCUUCAGCCCCGCUGCCGUCACUGGCACAGCUCUCUGUCAACCAAGAAGAACUAGAUCGGUUGCACCUCUUGCAAGAGCAGCAGAACCAUAAACUCGAGAACCUGACCAGCCUCCUCGGCCCGUACAGCCCCUCGGGUCGGAUACCGGGCCUCGACGGAUCAAGCGGUAACUACUUUGACGACAACAUCGACUUUGGUCAGUACCUCGAUACCUCAGCUUACAAUGCAGAUGCUGGGACCGGGGACUUCGACUUCAGCACGCCGGCAUUUGAUGGCGAUGCCAAGUUUGAGCCAUUUUCGGGCGAUGGGCUGAAUAUUGACUACAGCACUGGCAUUGUGGACACGGUGAACACACCCACCAAGGAGUCACCUAGCAGUGCUGCGACGGAGGAGAUACCAAGAGAUGAUCUCGUCGAGGAUGAGAGUGGGCGGGCAGCGAAGAGACAGCGUAAGAGUUAG